AUGGCUUUGUAUGUUCACAAAUACGGAGGCAGCUCGGUUGCCGACGCUGAAAAGAUCGUCAACGUGGCGCGCAGAAUCGCCGGUGUGCACCACGCCGGUCACCAGGUGGUAACUGUAGUCUCCGCGAUGGGAGAGACCACCGACGCGCUGAUCGACCUGGCGCACACGGUGGCCACGGAACCCGAUCCCCGCGAGUUGGACUUCCUUCUAUCCACGGGCGAGCUGGUAUCCAUCACCUUGCUGUCGAUGGCGCUGAGAAACCUUGGUUACGACGCCAUCAGCCUCAGCGGCGCCCAGGCAGGCAUCCGCACCGACAGCACUUACGGUAAGGCUCGCAUCAGCGACGUGGAUCCCGACCGCAUCCAACGGGAACUUGCUUCGGGCCGUCUGGUUAUCGUCGCCGGUUUUCAGGGAUUGACGCCUGAUGAAGACAUUACGACCCUGGGUCGCGGCGGUUCGGACACUACUGCCGUCGCUUUGGCCGCUGCCCUCCAUGCCGAUCGAUGCGACAUAUACACCGACGUCGAGGGCAUCUAUACUGCCGAUCCCCGGGCAGUCCCCGCAGCUCGCAAGUUGGCUGAAGUUGGUUACCAGGAGAUGUUGGAAUUAGCAGCAGCCGGAGCCAAGAUGCACCCUCGGUCCAUCGAACUGGGAGCAGUCUAUAAUGUCCCCAUCUACGUUGCAUCCAGCUUCUCCGAUGCUCCAGGCACAUUGAUUCACCAGGGACCGGACAACAGGAACAUGGAAGACCGCAUCAAAGUCACCGGAAUCGCUUAUCAAUACAAUAUCGCCAAGGUAACCGUUCGCGGUGUCGCCGACCAACCCGGUGUGGCCGCUGCACUUUUCGAACCGCUGGCUGAAGCGGGUAUCAGCGUAGAUACCAUCGUCCAGAAUACCAGCGUCGAUCGCACCACAACCGACAUCAGUUUCACGGUAACUACCCCCGAUUUGCCCCGCGCGCUCCGCGAAAUGGCGGCCCUUGAGCCGAUGUUGGGCACUUCGUCCAUCAUGAGCGACGACACGCUGGCAUCGGUCAGCGUCGUGGGUUCCGGGAUGCAGAAUGCCCCUGGUUACGCCUCCCGCAUGUUCAGGAUUCUGGCCGACGGCGGCAUUAACAUCGACAUGAUAACCACAUCGGAGAUACGCAUUUCCUGCAUCAUAGGCCAGGACCACGCUCGCGAAGCGGUAAGGCUGCUCCACGAAGGCUUCCAGUUAGACGAAGCCGGUUAG